AUGUUACACAGUAUUGUAAUCCGGUCGACGGUGUGGUUAGCAUGCCCAGAUUUCGUUGAAAGCAUCUCCGAUGUGAAUGGAACAGACAUUUGGCCUGCUGCUUUCUGCGUGGGGAGUGCGAUGUGGAUCCAGCUGUUGUACAGCGCCUGCUUCUGGUGGCUGUUUUGCUAUGCGGUCGACGCCUACCUGGUGAUCCGGAGAUCAGCGGGGCUGAGCACCGUGCUGCUGUACCACAUCAUGGCGUGGGGCCUGGCCACCCUGCUGUGCGUGGAGGGAGCGGCCAUGCUCUACUACCCCUCCGUGUUCAGGUGUGAGAGGGGCCUGGACCACGCCAUCCCCCACUACGUCACCACGUACUUGCCGCUGCUGCUGGUGCUCGUGGCCAACCCCAUCCUGUUCCAAAAGACGGUGGCUGCAGUGGCCUCCCUGCUGAAAGGAAGACAAGGCAUUUACACCGAGAACGAGAGAAGGAUGGGAGCUGUGAUCAGGAUCCGAUUUUUCAAAAUCAUGCUGGUUUUGAUGAUCUGUUGGUUGUCGAAUAUCAUCAACGAAAGCCUUUUAUUCUAUCUUGAAAUGCAAACGGAUAUCAAUGGAGGCUCUUUGAAACGUGUUAGAAAUGCAGCCAAGACCACGUGGUUUAUCAUGGGGAUACUGAAUCCAGCCCAGGGAUUUCUCCUGUCUCUGGCCUUCUACGGCUGGACAGGAUGCAGCCUGGAGUUUCAGUCUGCCAGGAAGGAGAUCCAGUGGGAAUCGCUGACCGCCUCGGCUGCCGAGGGGGCUCACCCGGCUCCGAGGGGCUCCCACGAGCCCCACGAAACCCCCGAUUCCAGAAAGGUGUCGAGACUCAGUGGGCAGACUUCUGACGAAGCCCUGAGCAUGCUGUCCGAAGGUUCUGACGCCAGCACAGUUGAGAUCCACACAACAAGUGGGCCCCGCGACACAAAUGAGGUCGACUCUGCUCCCCAGACCCACGGAGACCUGUGA